AUGACUGAUAAUAGGGAUGAUAAUCGAAUUAUUCAGCGAAGUAAUUCAUCACCAUCUGACAAAUAUAUUGAAGAUAAUGAAAAACCGGUAACAUUAACAUCAAUUACAACACCAACAGCAUUUGAUUGGGAAAGUGAUAAAAGACGUUCGAAACCUUUUGAUGAUGGAACAAUAAGUUUUUUUUGGCGUGCACAUACUAUAACAUGUCUGGUUAUAGCUUUGUCAUAUUUAUUCUAUGUUGCUAUUUUGGAACAACCAUCGGAGGAUUCGACUUAUAAUACGAAACGGUAA